AAAUAGCACGUAAGAAAUCGAAGCGCAAGUUAGCUGAGGGAAAAAAAGAAAUUGCUGCGAUCGGGCCUUUGUCGGAUCCGCAUUACCGGGUCGCAUUCCUUCUUCUUCUUCUUCUUUUCUAGAAGGAACAAAAACGGAGACAAAUUCUUUUUGAAGAAAGUGAUAGAGAUCAUUGAAGAAACGGAGAGAGAUGUGGGUGUUUUACUUGAUCUCGCUGCCUCUAACCCUAGGCAUGGUGAUUUUGACGUUGAGGUACUUCGCUGGCCCGGAGGUGCCUCGCUAUGUUCUAUUCACCGUUGGAUACACCUGGUUCUGUUCUCUCUCCUUUAUCAUUCUUGUACCUGCCGAUAUCUACACGGCAAAAUUUUAUCUUGACAAUGCGGGUAUUUCUUUCUUUUGGAGCUGGUCAUAUUGGAGUACCUUUUUACUUACUUGGGCUGUGGUGCCCCUUAUUCAGGGUUUUGAAGAUGCUGGAGACUUCACUGUGACAGAAAGAUUAAGGACUAGUGUACACGCUAACUUGGUCUUCUAUUUAAUUGUGGGAUCUAUUGGACUUUUUGGACUUAUUCUCCUUGCUUUGAUGCAAAAAAUAAGGAGUGGGAGUAAUGUGCUUGGUGUUGCUAUGGCAUGCUCGAAUACAUUUGGACUUGUAACAGGUGCCUUUCUUCUUGGUUUUGGUUUGAGUGAAAUUCCUAAGAACCUGUGGAGAAAUGCAGAUUGGACAACCCGCCAAAAAGUUCUUUCUCAUAAAAUUGCCAAAAUGGCUUUGAAACUUGAUGAUGCUCAUCAAGAACUUUCAAAUGCUAUUGUAGUUGCUCAGGCAACUUCCAAUCAGAUGUCCAAGCGUGACCCUUUGAGACCUUACAUGAAUGUCAUAGAUAACAUGCUAGCUCAAAUGUUCAGGGAAGACCCAUCCUUUAAACCGCAAGGUGGCCGAUUGGGAGAAAAUGACAUGGACUAUGAUACGGAUGAGAAAUCAAUGGCAACACUUAGACGUCAUCUUAGGGGAGCUCGUGAAGGGUAUUAUCGUUAUAAAAGUGAGUAUAUGACCUAUGUCUUGGAAGCCCUAGAACUGGAAGAUACAAUUAAAAAUUAUGAACGUGGCAAUUCAACUGGAUGGUUUGCUUCUAUGUUUCCUAUUUUCAUUUGGUUCUUUCUUUGUAUGUUCCAACCUGUUUUAUGUGCACCUUCUACCUUCAUAUGUUAUUAUGUUAGGAAAUAUAUUUCAAGCUUCAGACCUGCUCGAACUGGUAAAUUGGGGGCCAUCUUUGAUACGAUGGAAUUUUUUUGGCGAUGCAUUUUAAGAAAGCAAUUUGAGAAGUUCUUGGCUAUCAUACUUGGUACUAUGUCAGCUGCAACUCUUUUGGCUGAGGCAACUCUGCUACUGGGAAGUUUUAAUCUCUCACUUUUUUCAGUUCUUAUAAAUUCUAUUGGAAAGCAAGAGCUUUUAGUGCAGGUGUUGGCUCUUAUACCUUUGAUGUAUAUGUGCAUCUGCACAUACUACUCUUUGUUCAAAAUUGGAAUGCUAAUGUUUUAUUCAUUAACACCUAGGCAGACAAGCUCGGUCAGCUUGCUUAUGAUAUGCUCGAUGGUUGCUCGUUAUGCUCCUCCAAUUUCAUACAACUUUCUCAAUCUCAUCAAUCUUGAUGCUAAAACUAUAUUUGAAAAACGAAUGGGCAAAAUUGAUGAUGUUUUAAAGAUCUUUGGAAGUGGGUUUAACAAAAUCUAUCCUCUCAUAAUGGUUAUAUACACCCUUUUGGUUGCAAGUAAUUUCUUUGACCGAGUGAUUGGUUUCUUUGGGAGCUGGAAGAGAUUUAGAUUUCAAACUGAAGCAGAUGAUACUGAUGGAUUUGAUCCAUCAGGAUUAAUUAUCCUACAGAAAGAACAAUCUUGGCUAGAACAAGGACAAAAAGUUGGUGAGCAUGUUAUCCCACUGGCAAGAAACUUUAACAGUGUGGACAUGGAGUCUGGCAGCAAUGGUGCAGAUAGGACUGGUGUUGAAAUGAAGGCAACAACUAGUUUAGUCACUGAUGCUACAAAGGUAAGCACAUCAACACCUUUGAAAGAAGAGGGCCGCUCAUAUGGCGUCAGUAAAGAAGCCAUUAGCAACAAAUAUGCUGCCUUUAGAGAACAGAGUAGACAUGCCAACACUAGACCUGCGGAGAAGAACAUCACCUCUGCUAAGGUAUCAUUGCUUGAUGUGGGCAAAUCAGAAUCCAACAACACAACAGGAGGGCCAUCUGGUUUGGCAUCAAAAUGGGAAUCAAUGAAGAAUGGUUUUCAAAGUUUUAAGGCAAACAUAGGGGCCAAAAGAUUUCUUCCUUUACGGCAAAUGCAGGAAACUAAACUCGUCUCUCAUGAUUCAUCAUCCGAGUCUCUUGAUGAGAUAUUCCAGAGGUUGAAACGGCCAUCUAACGACAAUGGCAGUAAUAGUGAUGAUGAAGAUGUGAAUGGGAUGACUUCAGGCCCUGGCAGAUAAUGUUAGAUUUGUUAACAGAAUGGGAACUCGUUGCUGUUGUAGAAAUUGAACACGAGAUGUACAGACAAAGGGUUGAUACCCAGCUCAUACCAAAAAAUUUUUCUCCUGAAACUUGGGAGGAUGAUCUAUCAGAUGCUGCCAGAUGGUGACUUCGAACGUACUUCAGAAUUGGAGACGCGAUAGUAUGGAAGGAAAAAGAAAGGAUUAAGGAAAGACAUUUGCUCAAGAUGCAAAGAUAAUUGAUCAUGUGUAGGAGGAAUUUGGCCAAUUAAAUUGCAGCAGUAGAAAGCAUCUGGGCUUAUGCUUUCCCUUUUGAGUAGCAUUAAUGUUAGUGUUAAUAUUAUGAUUUUUCUAAUGGGUGUAAAUAUACACCCGUUAAUGUUCAUUUAAUGGACUUUAUUUAUAUGUUAAAUCAAGUGAAAUUAUAAUUAACAGUUAAUUAAAUAUGAUUUACAUUCAUUUGGCAAA